UCAUCACUUCACUUUCCUACUCAAUCUUGAUAUAAAUAUGAUGUAUUUCUUGGAGUUUUUCAUGAUUUAAUCCCAUUUUAGGACAAUUUCUCAUCUGGGUUUUCGAUUUUACCUCGAAAAUAUCGUUUCUUGACUUCGAUUUUCAAUUUUUUCAUGAUUCAAUCCCAUUUUUAGGCCAAUUUCUCAGCUGGGUUUUCGAUUUUACCUCAAAAAGAGUGUUUCUUGACUUCGAAUUUCAAGUUUUUCAUGAUUCAAUCCCAUUUUAGGCCAAUUUCUUAUCUGGGUUUUCGAUUUUACCUCAAGAAGAUCGUUUCUUGACUUGGAAUUUCAAGUUUUUUUGUUUCGCCAUGGACAGAGACUUCUUUCUCAAUGCCGGAUUGCAGUUUCCGGCGUCUCAGCCCGCCUGGAAGUUGAUGACAUUGAUGCCGGAGAUGAACUUUCCGGUGGACCAGUCUUCUGCAGACGGUGUUUGCGGACCAAACUGGGAGAAACCAGAUCAGUAUUCUCAUUUCGAAUCUGCUCUGAAUUCAAUGGUGUCAUCCCCUGUUUCCGGCUCGACGGUUUCCACGGACAUUAUGGCAGUCCGUGAACUCAUCGGAAAAUUGGGCAGCAUCCGCAGUGGUUGUGGCAGCCUUUCUCAGGCCGCCAUGACUGCCGCUGUGCCGCCCAGUAGCUCACCGUUAAAUUCAUCACCACCACCCAAGUUAAAUUUGCCAAUUAUGGACCAUUUUGUGAAAGAAAGCAUUCCUAUUAUCGGGAAUUCAAUGCCGUUGAAUCAAAAUUUACCAUUAAUCGCGGCUGAUCCUGGUUUCGCCGAGCGGGCGGCGAAGUUUUCUUGCUUCGGUAGCCGGAGUUUCAACGGUAGAACUAACGAAUUGGGGUUAAAUAGAAACAACCCUGAGUUCCAAUUAGGAUCUAGUGUUUCUCCGAUGACCGGAAACUUGAAAUUCCCCCGGGUUUCGAGUAGUCCGGCGCUGAGAAUUGAUCGUUCUCCGGUGGGAUUUGAAGAUUGCAAGAAGAAUUCCGAGGAAUCCAACAUGAAAUCAAUGUGUUUGGAUAAGAAAUUCAGUAGAUUUUCAAGCUCAGCUGCCAAUUCCAAUGAAGAAUCCUCUGUUUCUGAACAAAUCCCAAGUGGGGAAUUUGGAUUCAAGAAUCAAAAAGAUUCGAAUUCAAGAAAAAGAAAAGGUGGAUCAACGAAAAAGGAGGAAGACGCCAUCGGUGAUUCGAACGCGAAAAGAUCGAAAAAACCCUUAGAAAAUGGAGGUAAAACAGAGGAAAACACGAAGGCAAUUGAAGCACCAAAGGAUUACAUUCAUGUUAGAGCAAGAAGGGGUCAAGCUACAGACAGCCACAGUUUAGCAGAGAGAGUUAGAAGAGAGAAGAUCAGUGAAAGAAUGAAGCUACUUCAAAAUCUUGUACCAAAUUGCAAUAAGGUUACAGGAAAAGCACCAAUGCUUGAUGAAAUCAUCAACUACGUGCAAUCAUUACAGAAACAAGUCGAGUUUCUUUCGAUGAAGUUAGCAACGGUGAAUCCAAGUCUCGAUUUCGACACCAUUAACAUUAAUCAAUCAAACAACAAUCAUUCCCACCAAAUUCAAUCGACAUUUUACAAUCAAAACCCACAAACAAUCUUCAACGGAUCUGUUCAUGAAUUCACAGAACCAUUUCCACAGUUUCCAGGAUUUGGCCAAGACGAUCUUCAAAGCAUUGUUCAAAUGGGGUUUGGUGAAAAUGUUGAUCUGUGAUCCGCCAUUUUUGUUGAAAUGGAGCUCUGAUGGCAACCAUGGUGUAUAUAGAAAGAAGAGAAGAGAUCAUCAAUGGUUCAUAUUAAAAGAAGAUGAACUGCUGUUUCGGCUAAUCGAUUUUUAGGUCUAAUUGAAGCAAUAUUCUUCAUAAUAUUUUUAUAUUUCUAGUUUAUCUUUUUUGUAAUUUUCCAUUA